AUGCGGUCUCCGCCUCUCCAAGAAGACCCUCUAAGGGAGGGGAGGAAGCGCACGCCUUCCCGUUCUCUCCCCUGCGAGGACGGCGCGCGUUCUCGCACAAGCAGAGACCACGACCGUCACUAUGCGUGCUCGUCAGGUUUCCUCUGGGCGCCUGCAGGCCGCGCGCUUUCUCCCGACGAGAGGUCGGUGCCGCUCUCUGUUUGCCCGUCCGUUUCCACCGCCGCCGCUGACUCCUCCUCGUCUUGUCUCUCGCCUUUCUCCAGCUGCUCUCCGACGACGGAGCCGGCAGACCACGAAAGCCGAGCCGGAAGUUACGUGUCGCUGAGAGAUCUCUGCCUCGACGCGGACAGGUUCGCUCUUCCGCAGCCCUCUCGCCUUAGCCCUUCCGACGCGUGCGAACUCGCGGUGCCGUCCUCGCAUGCAGAUCUCGCGUCUGCAGGCUCGGGCCUUUCCGCGCGACUGACCGACCUCGCGAGGGUGCGCAGCAGACUCCCGCGCCACGUGGGGAGAGCGCUCGCGGUCUCUGUCCUCGACCAGUCGGGCUUUGGAGAGGAGGAAGGGCGGCUGGAAGCAAGCGACGAGCGACACGACAGCGAAGCGAGUGGGGGACAACCCACGGCGUGGACUCGUGGAGAGCACGGCGACGCCGCGGAAGGCCUUUUCUCUGGCGAGGCGGGGCUCAGCAGACAGCCCAGGAGGGUCAGCGCCGAGGCAGAGAGGGGGCGAGAGGGGGAAGAUGUGGAGACGGCCGAGCGCGAGGCGACGAGCUAUUCCUUCGACUUUGAGAGGUUUCUCGACCAAGAGGCCAGUGCCGAGCCUGAGGGUGAAGAAGACUUUCUGGGAAUGCUGCGGUACACCCCGGCAGACAUGGAAGCCACCUCGGAGGCGGUCCACCGCCUCUCCGAGUUUCUCUCGCCUAGCGAGGACGAAGACGCAUGCAGCCCCUCCCGCGAGCGAGCCUUCGGCACCGCGUUCCCGCUCUCUUCCCCAACUCAACUUUCUUCGGCGUCUUUGCUGUCCGUGGUGUCCGUGGCGAGGCGGCGGCGGAGCCCACACCAUGCUCAGACAGCUGCCGCGGAAUUGGACGGAGACGCGGGCGCCGCGGCCCACUCUCCCCCGUUCCUGUCGCCGCCCUCCUCGGCCGCGGUCUCCUCGAGCUCAGAUCAUUGCGCUUUCCAAGCGCACCCCGAUUCGCCGCGGGCAGGCCGCGUUUCGUCUUUUGGAGAGCAGACUGCCGAGUCACCGACCUCGCGGGGUUCCUCCUCCGGUUCUCGCGGGCGGGCGUACGGCAGCGGCAAACCUGUGGUGUCUUUGCGCCUGCGUGAAGAAAACGAGGAGACACUUUCGAAGGCAAAGUCGGAGCCCACGUCCGCUCUGGCCGUCAGUCAAGACGCGUUUAGUGGCGAGGAGGCGCAGGCGACUCGAUCUCCGCCGCGAAAGAAAGCCAACACGCUCCACGGAGAGACGCGAAGUGAAAAAUCUCGGUCUUACCCUGCUCUUCCGUCUUUGCCCUUCUCUUCGCCUCGUCACGCCGCCUCUAGGCACGAUCUUUUACGCCGAAACAGUCCUUCCCCGAGGGCGACUUUGUCCAGUCGAGGAGACGCCCAGACGUCGUGUUUCUCUCUGGAACCCGUGCGCCUUGUCACAACGCGCUCUUCCCCGCCAGGUCAGCCGGACACAGACCCGCGCCGGUCGCAGCCUGCGGGGCCUUUUCUGUCUCCUGCGUCCUCUCCGUCUCCGUGUCCACUGUCGCCUUCGUCGUCGCCCCAGAUCGAGAGACACCACACGUGUCUCCUCCGGGACGCGGGCUUCUCGUCGCCGUCUCUGACUCCUGAGACAAGAGACGGCGACGAGGCCCUCUGGUCGCCUCGCUCGCGCAUGCGCGCUCGCGCGCAGCAGUCCAGCGGUUCGUCUUCCUCCCCUUUACCUUCGGGUUCUUCUCCGUGGUUGUGUCCGGAGUUUUUCUCUGUGCGCCCCGCCUUGUCGCCGAACGGCGAAUCGCGUCCAGACUCUCCGGCGGCUUUGGUCGCUGCCUGCCUGGGAAGCGAAGAGGGAGAAGUGUACAGUUCUCCACAGAGCAGCCUGCGAGCGACACGCCCGUGGGGCGACGAAGCGGAAGAACAACAGCCGUGUUCCCGGCGGCGAGAACGCGAGAGCCGUAGAGGCCAGGACGCGCGGCACAGAAAUCGGUUUUCGUCGCCUUCUCUGUCGACGCCGCUGUCGGUCUCGAGGAGCCGAUCCAGCACUGUCGGGGCGCGGAGAAACGAAGGCGAUCCAUCGUUUCCGUCUCCACAGUGUCUCAAUGCCUCGCCGUAUCCCUUCUUCUUUUCCCCGUCCCUCAAUGCCCCCUUCGGGGACACGAAGACGCCGCAGAAGCGCAGUUCGUCGUCGAGAUUGAGCGAGAAAGAAAGCUAUUUCUCGCCGCGGAAGACGUCGUCGCGGAACACGACUUCGCUGCUGUCGGGGCGAGUCGGGAAGCGGACCAGGGCCAGAGACUCCCCCCGCGAGGCGACUUCGAACAAAAGCGCCGCAGCACUGGACGCCGUGGAGAACGCGAGCGAAUCCACUUCCUCUCGGGACGCGCUGUCAGCCACAGGCGACGCCAGCGCGUCUUGGGUCUCCAGAAAUCGCUGGAAGGAACCUUGCGGCCACGCGUCUCUCUCUGGCGCGGCUCAGGAGACUCGCCAGUCUUUGGCGCCCGACAGUUUGCAAGCAAGCACAGUGUACACGACUUGCGCAGCAAACCUCGAGGCAGAGGACGAGCGAGAAGAACCGAUGGACGACGCAGCCUCUCCACUCCAAGACGACGUUUCGAUGGUCUCGUCUCCCGGCUCUGUCUCGUGCUCCUCUUCCCACUCGAUGUCUUCUCUUCGUUUCGCCGUCAGGGAACCGGCGGCUCAGCGAGUCUCGCUCGCGGCCUGUGGGCGCAAGAGGUUCUCCAGCGAGCGCGAAUGGAACCUGACGUGGGCCGGUCUGCCUCCCGAGGUCCUCGCCACCCUUUGUCAGUUUCUCUCCUUCAGAGAUCUCGCCGCGUUCCAGCGCCUCGACCGCCGAGCGUACCGGGUCGGGUCUCACGCGACAGUGUGGCAGGAGCUCUGCGCCAAUGAGUGGGUGAAUGUGCCUGCGAGAGAGCGCGCAGGCACACCCGAAACGGUAGAGCCCGAUGCAGCGCAGGCAGACGCGGGGCAUCCAGAGCAUGCCGAGGAACCGUCAGACGCAGGGGAGAGAGAGGAGGAAAUGGAGCAGUCCAGCGAGACCGAUGCCAAGCGCGAUGCGCCCGCAGAAAGAGAACACUGUCAGCGAGUGUGGGAGGCGUUUUCGCGAGGGGAAGACGACGGACUGGGCUUGGGAGUGUCGUGGAGAACUCGAGGGAGCGGCAAGUUUGCGGUUGACUUCGGUUCUUCCGAAAGAGCGUGUGGGGCGAGGGGAGGCGCCUCGAAGCGCAGCUGCGAAGACCGAGCAGACGCGUGCAUGCAGGCCCAGAGAGAAAUCGAGGCUCUCGAGACAAGAAGAGCGCGCUGGCUCAACGCGAGGGCGUACGCGAACGACUACCGCCGGCUGUAUCGCGACGGGAACGGGUGGUUUCCGAGCGCACGGAACUCCGGUCAGAACACAGGCGCGAGAGUGGCGACAGACGGCCCAGAGAGCUCCUGGGGAGUCCCGCGCUUCACCACGGCCAAGAUGAAACUCAAUCCUCACCUCAGCAAUUCCAUGGACACGAGGGAAGAUGCAACUGAAAUUCUGAUUGCCAGCGAAGGCGUCGAAACUCCUGGAGGCCAGAAGUCGUCUUAUAUCCGAGUCAUCGACCGGGAGACUCUGCACGUGGUCCACGAACAACAGAUUCCCACGCGGAGCCUCAACUGCUUGGACAUCUGCCCAGAGCUCUACGCUUGCGGAGACGACAGCGGAACCAUUCGCCUCUUCAGCCGCCGCACGCAUUCGCUCCUCCACCGCUACACGAGCGUUGGAGUGGUAAAUAUGAUGGCGAUGUAUGGACUCGGGCCGUCUCAAGAAGUGAAUGAUUUACGCAUUUGCCGCGCUGAGCAGCAGAUUGUUUCGGUCCGGACAGCGAGUCGAUAUCCCGCUGGCAUCGAGGUAGUCGAUCUCCACACAGGCAAGACGACUGCCAUCACUCCCGGAAAAACAAAUGGAAACUGGAUCCACGCGCUGGACGUGGAGCAAGAUCUGUCGUUUGAUUUCCCCGCUUUCGGCCCACCUUCGCGGCGUGGUAGUCUCUUGUUCUCGCCCGACGCUUCCUCGGAGGCCUCGUACAGCCCGCCUUGGAGACGUAGCAGCAUCACAAGCCUCGUAGCGGUCGGCGAAAGUUCCUCUGCAGGCUGUUUCUCCCUCCUGCGUCUCGACUUGCGCUGUGCACGGCCCGUUGUCCAAGAAAUUCCCCAAACGCGCAGAAUGCUCUGGCCACUCCGUGUCCACGGCAGCAACGUCUUCGUCAAUUCCGUCUUCGCCGCCAACGAAAUGUGCGGAAGAAUUCGGCAGAUCGACUUGAGGGCUCCGUCGCCUGAUAUUUGUGCACAACAGCACACCAGUGUGACUUGCCUGUCGGAGGAAGGAAGCAAGCGAAUCGGAUCUUGCAUGGUCCAUCUUCUUCCCACGCGAAAAGUAGAGGACAUUCGCGUCAUGGGCGAUUUCCUGUACGUGCUGACGGACGACGCCGAUGGCUGUCUCCAGAUGCUGCGAUUCGACACCAAACGCGACGGGAAGGCUCAGCUCGUCACAGUUGUCGACACGUUUGAUUCUUCCGAGUGGACAGAGCCUCUGCGUCUCCUUCAAGUGAAUCCUCAAGGCUGGACGUGCACCUACGGCAAUUUUGUAAAAUUUGGUCGCGUCGCAGAUCCAGAGGCGCCCCUGGGAGGGGAAAGUUGCGAAGAGAUCAACCUCGCUUCUCCUCUCUCACUCAGUGCUGUCGACUCUGUGUCUGAGAGGCACUUUGGGAAGUAG